AUGGGAAUUCCAGGCAACCCUGGACAAGGCAGAAAAUCCCCUCCCGAGCUCUCCCCGAGCCGUCAUUCCCUUAUUUUUCCCUUGGGCAGCUUCAAGGAGUGCAUCCCGCGCUCCUUCCAGCGGCAGAUCCAGCAGAACAGCUUCCUGACGCGCUUCCGGAUGCGCAACGUCUUCCGGCGCUUCCUGCGGCGCUUCCAGCGGCACACGGUGGGCGCCGGGAAACUCUCGGAGCGCGACGUCAUGUCCAAGUACUUGGCCACCCUGGAGCUGCUGGCGCCGCGCUUCGGGAGCGAGCUCUUCCCGGCCCUUUCCCUGGAAACGGCGGCCGAGGGGGACAAGGGGCAGCUCUGUGCCAAUGGAGCCCCUCCGGAGCCGGGAACGGAGCCGGGACGGCCCCUGAUCCCGCGGGAUCCGCCCGUCACACACCACGUCCUGGUCUCCGGCACCGCCGGCAUCCAGUGGCGCCCGGCGCCUCCGGAGAGCCCCGAGACCUUCCCCCAGCGCAGCUACUUUGGGAGGAAGAGCAGGACCAAGGAGCCGGAUCCCAAGGACCCCGAGCCCCCCUGGUGCCACUUCUGUGAUUUCCGGGAGAUCACCCACGUGGUGCUGAAGGAAUCCCGGAUCUCCAUCCACCGCCAGGACAACAAGUGCCUGGAGGUUUCUCUCCCGUCCCCCGGGAUCGCCCUGUCCCUGGUGUCGCUGGUGGACGGAUAUUUCCGGCUCACGGCCGAUUCCAGCCAUUACCUGUGCCACGACGUGGCCCCGCCCCGGCUCCUCAUGAGCAUCCGCAACGGGAUCCACGGGCCCAUGCAGGAGGAGUUUGUUUUUGCCAAACUCCGCCGGGAAGAGCCGGAGGAAGGGCUUUACAUCCUCCGCUGGAGCGUCCUGGAUUUCAACCGGAUGAUCCUCACCGUGGCCAAGAGGAGCCACCAGCAGGCUCCGGGAACGCCGGGAGCCUUCAAGUUCCGGCAGUUCCGGAUCCAGAAGAAGGGAGAUUCCUUCGUGCUGGAAGGCUGGGAUCGGGAAUUCCCCUCCCUGCGGGAGCUCCUGGACGUGCUCAAGGGCUGCACCCUCCGCUCCGGGGAGGAAAACUUCUCCGUGAAGAGGUGCUGCCCCCCCAGACCCGGAGAGAUCUCGGACCUGCUGAUCGCCAGGAAGGUGAAGGACAACGGGAAGCAGAUCCUGAACCUCAGCCAGCUCAGCUUCCACCAGAUCCGCAAGAACGAGAUCACCCAGCGAGCCCACCUGGGCCAGGGCACCCGGACCAACAUCUACGACGGGGUCCUGAGCGUCUGCGGGAAUUCCGGGAACGACGACGAGGCCGAGUACUUUUCCACGGAGCAGAACAACAACAGCCGGGAGAUGCACGUCAUCCUCAAAGUCCUGGAUCCCAGCCACAGGGACAUCGCCCUGGUGAGGCCCCCCCGG